CUCUCUCUCUCUCUCUCUCUCUCUCUCUCUCUCUCUCAGACACACAAAACCCCCCAAGGCCGCCGGAUCUCUCUCCGCCCUUGACCGCAUCCGCAGACAUCUCCUCGACGAACCCCCUGCCUCACUCCUCGACGACCUCCUCGCCGGCCUUCUAACCCCACCACCUUCAGCACCCGUUCCCCCUCAGGCCCAUCUCGCUGACCUCUCCGUCUCCGACUACGUCUACCAGAUCCCAACCCUGACCCUAAAUCCCGCUUCCCCCGGUCCGCGAGCCGAAAUGUUCAGAUUCAGCGAUGCACCGACUUCGAUCAUUCAGUACAGCGAUUCCGAAUCCCACCUCCAGCUCACCAUCCCCCAAGCCGCUGUUCCUACAGUGGAAUGGAUCGACGGAUCCGGUGGCGAUAAGCCGCCGCCGGCUGUGGAACUCGUCGAUUGUCGGCGGUACCGUGGCGUACGGCAGCGACCAUGGGGAAAGUUCGCAGCGGAGAUUAGGGAUCCCGAACGGCGCGGAUCUAGGGUGUGGCUUGGCACGUUUGACACUGCUUUGGAGGCCGCACGGGCUUAUGAUCGCGCCGCGUUCAAGAUGAGGGGUAGCAAAGCGAUUCUCAAUUUCCCCAACGAGGUUGCAAACUCCGGUGAUUGGAUCCGGCGAUCGACGGCGGCAACGGGGAAGAGGGUGCGGGAGGAAGCGGAGAUGGAAGUGGAGGGGAGAGUGAAGAGGGAAAAGUCGGAGAGUUUUGAGGAGAAUAUUCCGUUGGCGCCGUCAAAUUGGGAAAGCACGGACGUAAACGACUGUUUUAACUUGCCGCCGUUAUCGCCUCACCCUGCGAUGGGGUUCCCGCGGUUAAUGGUGAUUUAAAUAUUAAUGGAGGAAGUUAGUGUGUAAUUACAGAAAAAAAAUAUAUUUUUAUUUUGUAUCAAAAUUAAAUCAUUCAUUUGUGUUUGUGUAUGUCUCUCCAAUUCAUUCAUUAUUUGAGAAAGUAAAUGUGAUAGAUUU